UGAAAAAGCACAAGUUAUUAAAGUUCUUUGAAAUUUAAACAAGAUUUAAUAACUGUAUGAUUAUUCUCUUUUGUACACCUAAAGUCACACCGAGUACCACGAAGCAACAUUUGAAGAAGAAUAAAAAGUAAUCAAUUUUUUUUUUCCACAGAGAUUUAUAUACCUGCAAGGCAUAGGCGUCAUGGCGAAGAUAAAACCACAAGCUCUUUUGCUGCAAAGCAAAAAGAAGAAGGGGCCGAGUCGAAUUAGUGUCCCUACGAUUAUGCUAUAUGGUUUAGUUAUUGCUGUAAUGGUGUUUUUCCUGUUUUCUACUUAUAGACACUGGUCUCGAAGGUCAAUGAUUCCGACACACGGUGACUUGUCAACCACUGAGGGUGAAAAUCCUUUUAUUGAGCAUAAGAGAUCUGAUGUUGACGGCCCUAAAUAUGCUUUCAUAACCACGUCAAAAGGAUUGAUAACGGUGGAACUUUACAAGGAUGGUUCUCCCGACAUUGUUGACGAAUUUGUUGCUUUCUGUCAGAAGGGACACUUCAAAGGGAUGCAUUUUAGUCGUGUAAUAAAGCACUUUGUUAUCCAUGGUAGUAAAAUUGAUAAACCUGAAGCUACAGAAAAUUGGACUUCAAGGGGAAAGCACUACAGUCGACUAGAUACGAGCCUGAAGCAUGAAGCAUUUAUGCUUGGUACUUCAAAAACAAAACAUGAAGGUGGAGGAUUUGAUCUCUUUAUAACAACUGCACCAAUUCCAGAUCUGAAUGACAAGAUCAAUGUAUUUGGUCGUGUGAUAAAGGGAGAAGAUAUCGUGCAGGAAAUUGAAGAGGUAGAUACGGAUGACCAUUAUCGACCCAAAACUCCUGUGCAGAUCAACGAAGUGACUCUGAAAUAUAACACUUGAAGGCUGCAGUGUCCAUAACAUGAAGUUUUUCUUAACCUCCGUUGGACAAAGUCUGCAGCACAAACGUAGAUUUGCGAUCUGGGUUAAAAACCAUCUUUUGUGAUUUUAGAUCCUCGGUAUUGACAUGAUGCAGCUUGCCAUAGAUGCUUCUGGUGUAAAUCUGGAUGUGGUUUUCCAUUUGUAUAAUUUGUUUUUUUGGUUUCUUCCCAAAUUUUCCCCCUAGAUAAAUGUCUGUUAUUUUUAUAACAUGUUUAGCGGAAAAAUAUCUUAAGAGUUUAUGCUAAUGUGCAGAGAACAACAUUGAAUGAGUUUUAACUUGAGUGCAUAAACAUUGUUACCACAUUUGCUUAACUUUGCUCGAGAAAAUUGUUUCUUUUACCUUGAGUGCAUAAACAAUGUCAUAUAUUUGAGUAUUGGGUUUGCCUUUGACAA